AUGGUGGAAUUCGUGGAAAUCAACGGCGCCCGUCUCGCCUACCGUCUGGCCGGGCCCGAAGAUGCCCCCCUGAUGAUCACUCUCCACGGCGGCCGUGGCUUCGGCGACCACAGAUCGGAUUUCAAAGUGUACAGCCAGCUGAGCGACAAGAUCCGCGUCCUUUCAUUCGACUACCGAGGCCACGGGAAGAGCUCCCGAACAAAACCGUACACCUUUGACCAGAUUGUCGACGACAUUGAAGGCAUCAGGCGUCAUUUCCUCGGCGACAAGCAGGCCAUCAUCUGCGGCGGGAGUUUCGGCGGCUUCCUCGCGCAGCACUACGCAAUUAAAUAUGCCUCGCGCGUGUCGCAUCUGAUCCUCCGGGGAACUGCGCCCUCACACCAUCAUGAGGCUGGAGCCAUAAAGACGCUCGAGGAGCGAGUGAGCAAGGUCCCCGGCUUCUCGGUCAACAUGCUGAGGAACAAGGUCUUUGGGGCGUAUGAGAGCGAUCGCGAGUUCCAGCUGGUCUAUUUUGCCAUGCUGCCGCUUUAUAAAGAAACAUAUGACGCGGACGCGGGCUUGAAGAGAGCUCUAGAUAUUGAAUACGUGGCAGAGUCGCACAAUGACCUCUACUCAGAGCAAGAAAAAUAUUUUGAUUACACUGAUCGCUUGUUAGAGAUCACCGCCAAGACGCUCGUCGUCGUGGGGGCAAGGGACUGGAUCUGCCCACCAGAAAAUUCCCAGCUGAUUGCCGAGAAAAUCCCCGGGGCAGAACUAUUCACGGUUGAAGGGGCGAAUCACGGUGUGCACGCGGAGAAGCCAGAGGUGGUAUUGCCCAAGAUACGUAGCCAUUUAGGAAUCUAA